UGUUUCCUGUUCAGUGUGCUGAAGGGAAACGCAGACACACUGAUUCAUUCACCUACCCUUUUCUCUUGUUCUCGCCGCCUCUUCUUCCAAUCCCAUACUCUGCCCAUCUUCUUCAAUAGUCUUCUUUGAAUCUAACCAACCAAAUCUUCUUAUCACUAUCUUUGAAACCAUAUAUCUUGAUAUUAUUUUUAUUCUUGUUCAUUAACCCCUAUCUUCGCAAGAAACCCAAAAAGAAAGAAUCUUUGAGAGGCUCUGAUUGAUGGGUGGUAGAGGGAUCAAGCUCUUUGAUGAAGAAAGGAAUGGUCUUUUCUCAAUUUCCAAUUUUGAGUCUCAAUGGGGUGCGCGUGUUAACGACCCUGUAGCUAUGUUUGCUAGCGUUAGUCAAGUGGGAAUGGGGUUUGGCGUUCAAGAGCCAAACCCUUCUUCUGGUGAUUCCCAGCACAAUGGGGGCAUGAACAUUAGGAUCCCUUGCACUGAGUUGUACGUUAGGUAUGUUCAAUCAGAGGGGAAGGUGAAGAUUACUGGGGUUCCUGGGGAAGAAGAGGGGGUGGCGGGUGUUAAGGGGAAGAAAAAGGGUGUCUUUAAAGGGUUGAAGAUCAAGGUGAAGAACCCUUCUCUUAGGAGGUUGAUUAGUGGUGCCUUUGCUGGGGCAGUGUCACGGACCACUGUGGCACCCUUGGAGACCAUUAGGACUCAUUUGAUGGUAGGAAGUAGUGGGAAUUCUACUGGGGAGGUCUUCAGCAAUAUCAUGAAGACUGAUGGAUGGAAGGGCUUGUUUAGGGGUAAUUUUGUUAAUGUGAUUCGGGUUGCACCCAGCAAGGCCAUUGAGCUAUUUGCAUAUGAUACUGUUAACAAGAACCUCUCACCAAAGCCAGGGGAGCAGCCUAAACUCCCUAUUCCUCCAUCAUUGAUAGCAGGUGCUUGUGCUGGAGUUAGUUCAACAUUAUGCACAUAUCCUCUGGAGUUGCUAAAGACUCGUUUGACUAUCCAGAGGGGUGUGUAUGAUGGUCUACUAGAUGCAUUCCUGAAAAUAGUGAGAGAAGAGGGUGCUGGAGAACUUUACAGAGGCCUGACACCCAGCCUUAUUGGAGUAAUACCAUAUUCUGCAACAAAUUACUUUGCAUAUGACACAUUGAGGAAAGCAUACAGAAAAAUUUUCAAAAAGGAGAAGAUUGGCAAUGUUGAAACCCUUUUGAUAGGAUCUGCAGCUGGUGCUAUUUCAAGCAGUGCAACAUUUCCUCUUGAAGUGGCACGCAAGCACAUGCAAGUGGGAGCCCUGAGUGGAAGGCAAAUAUACAAAAAUGUGAUUCAUGCCCUUGCAAGCAUUCUUGAGCAAGAAGGGAUGCAAGGAUUGUACAAAGGGUUGGGACCUAGCUGCAUGAAGUUGGUGCCAGCUGCAGGAAUUUCUUUCAUGUGCUAUGAAGCAUGCAAGAGGAUACUGGUAGAGGAUGAUGAAGAGGAGUAGCAUCAAGGUUGUACAAGACUAGUGUUGGACAGAACUUCAUUCUUCAAAUUUUGCAUAUUUGCUUAACUUAUUCUGGAUUUUUUUUUUUUUAUUGUUACUGGAAUUAUUUUGUUUACCCCAUAGCAACUUUUGAUCAGCAAAUUGGUAAUGGAAUAUUUUUUUUUUUUGGCUUU